GAAACCUACAAGACAGGCUGGUCAAAUCUCCGAGGAGCCUUCCAGCUAACCAAAAUACUGCAAACGGCUGACCAAUUCACAGCAACCAUGAGUGAGAUUCCCAAGGACUCCUUGAAGGCCAUUCUGUCGGAGUUAGAAUGCCACUUCACGUGGAAUUUACUUAAGGAAGACAUCGAUCUGUUCGAUGUGGAAGAUACAAUUGGGCAACAGCUUGAAUUUCUUACCACCAAGUCCAGACUCACUCUUUAUAACUUACUGGCCUAUGUGAAACACCUAAAAGGCCAAAAUCAAGAUGCCCUCAAGUGCUUGGAGCAAGCGGAAGAAAUAAUCCAGCGGGAACACUCAGACAAAGAGGAAGUCCGGAGCCUGGUCACCUGGGGAAACUACGCCUGGGUGUAUUAUCACAUGGACCAGCUUAAGGAAGCCCAGGAGUACACAGCCAAGGUGGGGGAUGUCUGCAAGAAAAUGUCCAGCCCUUUCAACUACAAAAUGGAGUGUCCUGAGAUUGACUGUGAGAAAGGGUGGGCACUCCUGAAAUUUGGCGGAAAAUAUUACCAAAAGGCCAAAGCCGCGUUUGAGAAGGCUCUGGAAGUGGAACCGGACAAUCCGGAAUUUAACAUCGGCUAUGCCAUCACAGUGUACCGGCUGGAUGAUUCGGACAGAGAAGGCUCUGUAAAGAGCUUCUCUCUGGGCCCUCUGCGGAAGGCUGUCACCCUGAACCCCGACAACACCUACAUCAAGGUUUUCCUGGCACUGAAGCUUCAAGAUGUGCACGCAGAAGCUGAAGGGGAAAAGUAUAUUGAGGAGAUCCUGGACCAGAUCUCAGCUGAACCGUAUGUCCUUCGUUACGCAGCCAAAUUCUACAGGAGAAAAAAUUCCUGGGACAAAGCUCUUGAACUUCUGAAGAAGGCCUUGGAGGUAACACCGACCUCUUCUUUCCUGCAUCACCAGAUGGGACUUUGCUAUAGGGCACAGAUGAUCCAAAUCAAGAAGGCCACGCGCAACAGACCUAAAGGCAAAGAUAAGCUGAAAGUCGAUGGGCUGAUUACAUCCGCUAUAUUUCAUUUCAAGGCCGCGGUGGAGCGAGACUCUAUGUUCGCAUUUGCCUACACAGACCUGGCCAACAUGUAUGCUGAGGGGGGCCAGUACAGCAAUGCUGAAGACAUUUUCCAGAAAGCCCUGCGUCUGGAGAACAUAACUGACGAUCACAAGCAUCAGAUCCACUACCACUACGGCCGCUUUCAGGAAUUCCACCGUAAAUCAGAAAACACUGCCAUCCACCAUUACUUGGAAGCCUUAAAAGUCAAAGACAGGUCUUCCCUCCGUACCAAACUGACAAGCGCUCUGAAGAAAUUGGCUACCAAGAGACUUGGUCACAAUGCUUCAGAUGUGCAGAGUUUAAGUGCGCUAGGGUUUGUUUACAAGCUGGAGGGCGAAAAGAGGCAAGCUGCUGAGUACUACGAGCGGGCCCAAAAGAUAGAUCCCGAAAAUGCAGAGUUCCUCAGUGCUCUCUGUGAGCUUGGACUUUCCAUUUAACUGCAUACUCCAGGAAGUCAAUUUUAAAGCUCUUCUAUUUUGGUUUCUUAUAUUUUUGUUUAUUGUUUUAAUCCAUUCAUUACAUAGUCCAUUUUCAUUGAAUGGUUAUUGUGUACCAGGCAUCAUGUUAACUACUUUAUAUACAUUAUGAUGAAUUAUUUGCUGUUUUCUACUUUUUUAAAAAAUGAAAAUACUAUCAUUCAUGAAGAAACAGCAACAUUAAAUGGUAACUUUGAAAUGGCAUGGCCAUUAUGACUUUAUACCCUUUAUCUCUGCUAUUUAUAACAUUCUGAUUCAGUUUUGUCAGAUUUCCCAUAUUACUCACUUAUGCAGCGAGUAUAACCCUACAUGAAUCAUUGCCACCUAGGUCAGGAACACUGUUUCUGGAGCGCAGAAUUCUACUCGUUAAGUUCUGAAUUAUGUCGCUUACAAAAGGGGGAACCUUCCAGUUACAGAUGUCCUGACUUCAAUGAAGAUAUUUAACCAUCAACCUGAAGAAUCCUCUUUGUUGGAAGAAAAAGUUCAUAAUAAAAGUUUGUCAUCUCAGAUGACUUCAAUAAAAGAAAAAAGAACAUGAGAAAAAAAGAUUUCCUCAAAUACAGAACUUUAGGGACCUAUGAGAAAUCAGAAGUAUUAGCUCCCAAAAUGUUCAUUAAGUAGCUAGAAACAGUUAUGAGAAAAAAUAUGAAUCAUGGAAAAUCAUUAGUCUCAAGUUUCUCUGGUUCUUUAACUAGAAGAAUAAACCUAAACUGAAUCUAGAUGGAAUUAAUUUUAUUUUUUUCAAUUAGAAUUGCAGUAUUUUUAGGUUACAAUCAUUGAGAUAGAAAGCAGACCACUUGAGCAAUUGGAAAAAAUGAUAAGCAAAUGCAUAAAAUAGAAGUUUCUAACCUAUAUCCCUAGAUUUCCAAAAUUUCAGUGAUUUAGUUUUGGGUCUGGGCUGGGUAGAGUUCUUAUACCCCCCAAUUUCUGGCCUUUGGUUAACUGUUUUAGAAUUCCAGGUUACUUCUGUGAAGCUAUUUCUUUUGUCUGAAGUUCUCAGAUUGACACGCUUUCCUAUAGAUCCUCCAGGAAUAGGUAAGCCCAGCUUUCGCUUUUAAGAUUCACCUGGGGUCACUGUUUAAGGGCUGUUAUCGUGAGACUUUUUAAUUUGGGAUGUUGCUAAAAGGGGCUUCUCUAAUGUUGUUUCUUUGUUUAUAUUUACCACCAGUAUUAGUAGAAAAGUGUGUCAUGUGAUUUUAAUUCUCUAUACCUCCAAUGUAGCUCUUAAAACUAAUGUGUAUGUGUGUGUUUUACUUUUUGUUGCUAUUUUUAUUUUUUUAAUUUCUAUUAUGGUUUUGAUUAUUAUAAAAGUAGUGAGUUAUCAUUGUAAAAUUUCAAACACUGCAGAAGUAUAUGAAUUUAAAAAUAAGAGCACUCCCUUCCUUCUACCCCAGUCCUACGUCCCCAAGGUAAACUGUUAAGAAUUUGAUAUGUAUCCUUCCAGAUAUUUUUUCUGUGUGCACUCAAACAUACAUGUAUACUGCAAUGUAUCUCGUGAAUUAAAUUCUUUGUUCGUUUUACUUACGUC